AUGGCUCUCUCUGCAUUCCCAUUUCCUUCUCAUGUCAACCGUUCAACUCCAACACUUAUUGAUCCUCAUAAAUCAACUUCACUGUCUUCUAUGUUCUGGGGUGCAGAUCUGUGCUGCCAAUCUCUGCACAAGCUCAAUCAGGCCAAGAAAAGGCCAGGUGGGAUAUUUGCAUCACUUUCAGAGAGUGGAGAAUAUCACUCACAAAGACCACCAACACCUCUAUUGGACACCGUAAAUUAUCCAAUUCAUAUGAAAAAUCUAUCCAUCAAGGAGCUGAAACAGCUAGCAGAUGAGUUGCGGUCUGAUGUUGUAUUCAAUGUUUCUAAAACUGGGGGUCAUUUGGGCUCUAGUCUUGGUGUUGUUGAGCUCACUGUUGCUCUUCAUUAUGUUUUUAAUGCUCCUCAAGACAGGAUUCUAUGGGAUGUUGGUCAUCAGUCUUACCCUCAUAAAAUCUUGACUGGGAGAAGAGAUAAGAUGCAUACCAUGAGGCAAACAAAUGGACUUGCUGGAUUCACGAAGCGAUCAGAGAGUGAAUAUGACUGCUUUGGAACUGGCCACAGUUCUACCACUAUCUCUGCAGGACUGGGUAUGGCUGUGGGCAGGGAUCUUAAAGGAAGAAAGAACAAUGUAGUUGCUGUUAUAGGUGAUGGUGCCAUGACUGCAGGUCAAGCUUAUGAAGCCAUGAACAAUACUGGUUACCUGGAUUCAGACAUGAUCGUUAUUCUUAAUGACAACAAGCAGGUUUCUCUUCCUACUGCCAAUCUAGAUGGGCCGAUACCACCUGUAGGAGCUUUGAGCAGUGCUCUCAGUAGGUUGCAAUCGAACAGGCCUCUCAGGGAACUCAGAGAGGUUGCCAAGGGAGUUACCAAACAAAUAGGUGGACCUAUGCAUGAACUGGCGGCAAAAGUUGAUGAAUAUGCUCGUGGGAUGAUCAGCGGUUCUGGAUCAACGUUAUUUGAAGAGCUUGGACUGUAUUAUAUUGGUCCUGUUGAUGGUCACAACAUAGAUGACCUCAUUUCCAUUCUCAAAGAGGUUAAGGAUACCAAAACAACAGGUCCAGUCCUGAUCCAUGUUGUCACUGAGAAAGGCCGUGGAUAUCCAUAUGCAGAGAGGGCUGCAGACAAGUACCAUGGAGUGGCAAAAUUUGAUCCGGCAACUGGAAAGCAAUUCAAAGGCAGUGUCAAUACCCAGUCUUACACAACAUAUUUUGCAGAGGCUUUGAUUGCAGAAGCAGAGGCAGAUAAGGAUAUUGUUGCAAUCCAUGCUGCAAUGGGAGGUGGAACAGGACUAAAUCUAUUCCUUCGUCGCUUCCCUAAUAGAUGCUUUGAUGUUGGGAUAGCAGAACAGCAUGCUGUUACUUUUGCUGCAGGUCUGGCCUGUGAAGGCUUAAAACCUUUUUGUGCAAUUUAUUCAUCUUUCAUGCAGAGGGCUUAUGACCAGGUAGUGCAUGAUGUUGACUUGCAGAAGUUGCCUGUAAGAUUUGCAAUGGACAGAGCUGGACUGGUUGGGGCUGAUGGUCCCACACAUUGUGGGGCUUUUGAUGUUACUUUUAUGGCAUGCCUUCCAAACAUGGUUGUAAUGGCUCCUUCUGAUGAGGCUGAGCUUUUUCACAUGGUUGCCACUGCUGUAGCUAUAGAUGAUCGACCUAGCUGUUUUAGAUACCCAAGAGGUAAUGGGGUUGGUGUUCAGUUGCCACUGGGAAAUAAAGGCGUUCCUCUUGAAGUUGGAAAAGGCAGGAUAUUACUUGAAGGCGAUAGAGUAGCACUCUUGGGUUAUGGAACCGCUGUCCAGAACUGCUUAGCUGCUGCUGCUUUAUUGGAACACCACGGUUUACGGUUGACAGUAGCAGAUGCUCGAUUCUGCAAACCACUGGAUCACGCCCUUAUUCGUAGUCUGGCAAAAUCACACGAAAUUUUAAUUACCGUAGAGGAAGGAUCAAUUGGAGGCUUUGGUUCUCAUGUUGCUCAGUUCUUGGCCCUUGAUGGUCUCCUUGACGGCACAGUGAAGUGGAGGCCACUUGUACUUCCUGAUCGGUAUAUCGACCAUGGAUCUCCGGCUGACCAGUUAGCUGAAGCUGGUCUCACACCAUCUCACAUUGCAGCAACAGUUUUUAACAUACUAGGACAAACCAGGGACGCUCUGGAGAUCAUGUCUUUCAAAAGUUAAACAAGAAUACAUAAUUUUUUGCUUGUAUUCUACCAGCAAUGUACAAAAAGAAGAAUGCAAGAGUUUAUUUUUCAGCUUCAUUAGUGUAAAAAUGCUACAAGUUGCUAGUAUUAAUACAACUAAAGCUCAAGAUGUAACAAUUCCAGCCUUAUUAGAAAUGAAAUUACUUUCAAAAUUCAAA